GCACAGCACCCACCGGGCCGGGGCACGGGGCACAGCACCCACCGGGCCGGGGCACCGGGCACAGCACCCACCGGGCCGGGGCACGGGGCACAGCACCCGGCGGGCCGGGGGCACUCACCCACCGGGAGGCGCCGAGCCACGGAGACCCCCCAGCUGGGCAGGUGGUGGCUCUGUUCCGGGGCGGGGGGACCCCCCCGUGUGCCGGCAGUAAACAGGAUACGAGCGACUGCGGCGGGGAGACAGCGGCGGCAUCGGCCCGGCCCGGGGGGACCCGGUUUGUGCCCCCCGAGACCCCUCCCAGCCCCAGGAGAGCCGGUUCGUGCCCCCCGAGACCCUCCCAGCCCCAGGAGAGCCGCGGGAUGAGCGGGGGGGUCCCUCCCCAGCGGCCCCCGGGUGACUCUGCAGAUGCUGGCAUCGCUGGUGCACGCCCGGCACGCUGAGCAGCCCCGGGCUGUCCCCGCGCUGUCCCCGCGGGCUGUCCCCGCGCUGUCCCCGCGGGCUGUCCCCGCGCUGUCCCCGCGGGCUGUCCCCGCGCCGUCCCCGCCGCCCCGCAUGGCGCUGCAGCCCGAGGCGCUGCUGGACCUGAGCUUCCUGACGGACGAGGAGCGGGGCUGCAUCGCCCGGGUGCUGCAGCGCGACCGGCAGCUCCGCCGGCGGGAGCAGGGCCGCGUCAGCAAGCUCCGCCAGUCGGUGUCGGACCCGGCGCGGCUGCGGAGCCUCACCGGGGACUGGUUCUGCCACGCCCGGGCCCAGCGCCACCAGCCCCCGCUGGGCUCCGACCUGGUCCGGGCCUCCAUCCGCCGCAGGACGCGGCCCCGGGGACCCGGGGAGCUGGAGCGCGGCCCCAGCCUGGGAGCCAUCAGUGAGCCGCGGGCAGAGGAGGAGGAGGAUGAGGAUGAGGAUGAGGAUGAGGAUGAGGAUGAGGAUGAGGAUGGAGCCUUGGAGACGGACGAGAGCUGCCCCCCAGAGGAGGUGCCGGAGGCCACUGAGCCCCAGCCCAGCCCCCCCGCCCCGGCCGUGGAGGGGACCCCGGUGUCACAGCCCGGGCUGCAGGGUGACAUCCCGGCGAGGGAGCAGCCAGGUGACACAGGAGGUCCCUCCCUCGGCCCGUGCAGCACGGAGGAGGAUGAGGAUGAGGAGGAAGCACACAGCAGCCACAGCGCUGGGCAGGGCUGGCUUUGGGCUGGUUUGGGCUGUCUUUGGGCACCCCCAGCAGCCCUGCUGUGUCCCCAGCUGAGCGGGAGCCUGCUGAGCCUGUACAGCGAGGCCGAGCUGGGCCGCGUGGCCGUGCGCGGCUGCGUGCAGUUCUCGCUGCGCUACCACGCGGCCCAGCAGGAGCUGCAGGUGCACGUCCUGCGCUGCCGGCAGCUGGCCGAGGCCAAGAAGCAGCGCUCGGACCCGUACAUCAAGACCUACCUGCUGCCCGACAAGUCCAACCGCAGCAAGCGCAAGACCGCCGUGAGGAAGAGGAGCUUGGAUCCUGUCUUCAACGAAACCCUCAAGUACAAGCUGGAGAAGAGGGACCUGCAGGGCCGGACCCUGAACCUGUCCGUGUGGCACCACGACAGCCUGGGCAGGAACCUCUUCCUGGGGGAGGUGGAGGUGGCCCUGGGCACCUGGGACUGGGCCAACACGCGGCCCGAGUGGUUCAGCCUGCAGCCACGGAUGCCCGUGCCCUCGGACGGCCUCGCCAGCCGCGGCAGCCUCAACCUGGCGCUCAAGUUCAUCCCCGGCGGCUCGGAAGGAGGGGGGAUGCCACCCACGGGCGAGCUGCACAUCUGGGUGAAGGACGCUCAGAGCCUCGUCCCGCUGCACGGCGGCACCGUGGACGCCUUCGUGCAGUGCUACGUGCUGCCGGACGACAGCAAGGCAAGCCGGCAGAAGACGCGGGUGGUGCGGAGGAGCCUGAGCCCCCUGUUCAACCACACCAUGGUGUACGACGGCUUCCAGGCCAGGGACCUGGCCGAGGCCUGCGCCGAGUUCACCCUCUGGCACCGCGAGGCCUUCGCCAAGCGCCAGCUGGGCGGCAUCCGCCUCAGCCUGGGCACCGGGAGCAGCUACGGGCUGCCCGUGGGCUGGAUGGACUCCACGGCCGAGGAGCAGCGCGUGUGGAAGCAGCUGCUGGAGCAGCCCCGGCGCUGGGUGGAGGCGCUGCUGCCCCUGCGGACCAACCUGGCCCCCCGGGCGUAGCCCCCAGGGCAGCUGUGCCACAGCUGUGCCACCCGCGGGGUCACCGUGUCGCACACGCUGGGUGUGUGCCCUCCCUUCCGGCAGCAAUGAAGUGGCACCCGAGGGCACAUCUGGCAGAUUUUUAUUGCUGCUGGCUGUUCGUUGCCCUGGCCAGCACACCCUGACCUCUCCCUCGGCUGUGGGGCUGGAGCUGCUGCUCCCAGUGUGGGGCCGUGCCCUCCAUCCCCAUCCUUCCAGCCCCGGGGGUGGCCCUGGCACAGCCUGGGGCUGGGGGGCACUGAUGCCCCUUUUCUUGCUGGGGUACCCCUCACUGGGCUGCCCUGUCCCCUGGACACCCACACUGGGAGGACUGGGCCGCCCACCAGCCCCACCCUGGGGGCAGAGCACCAAACCCCCGAAGGUUUUCUGCAGCCAGGAUGUCCCAGUUCAGCCCCACUGCUGGGGCUGGGGGUGACAGCAGCUGUGACAGGAGCUGUGACAAUGACACAGACACCAGA